AGGACAAUCAGCCAAGGCCUAAAAACCCAUUGACUCUGUUGGUGCUGGUUUGUGUGUGGGAUGGUUCUUGAAGGACAAGCUCCCAUUGGGGGCAUAAAAGCACGGGCUUUCUAGACAGCUUGGUGACAGGGAAAAGGAUGAAGACCCGUAGCCCAAGGCCCUGAAGGCUGAGUAGCCAGCGGGAUGCCUGGUCUGCUGAACCAGAUCACAGGGGCAGCCCUGCCCCUCACCGCCUCCGAUGUCACCUCCUUCGUCAGCGGUUACGCCCUGGGACUGACUGCUUCUCUCACCUAUGGCAACCUGGAAGCCCAGCCCUUCCAGGGCCUCUUCGUGUACCCACUGGAUGAAUAUACCACAGUGAUUGGCUUUGAGGCGGUCAUUGCCGACCGUGUCGUGACAGUACAGAUCAAGGACAAAGCCAAGAUGGAUAGUGGCCACUUUGAGGGCACCCGCAUCCGAGCCACAACUGUCACAGGGAACAAUCUGCAAGAGGGGGUCUCUGUCAUCCCGCCUUCCUGCACACCAGGGAGGGUGGCUUUGGAUGAGGAUUUGGAGCGGAUCCUGUUCGUGGUCAACCUGGGGACCAUUGCGCCCAUGGAGAACGUCACCAUCUUCGUCAGCACCUCCUCGGAACUCCCAACGCUGCCCAGCGGGGCUGUGCGGGUCCUGCUGCCUGCUGUCUGCACCCCAACCGUGCCGCAGUUCUGCACCGAGAGCAUGGGCCCCUCCACCCAACAGGCCCAAGGCAAAGACAAGCACUGCUUCGGCAUCCGCACCCUGGAUUCUUGGAACAAGCUGUGCCUGGCAACUCUCCUGGACACCGAUGUGUCCAACCCCAUGGAAUACGAGUUCAACUUCCAGCUGGAGAUCCGCGGGCCGUGCCUGCUCGCAGGGGUGGAGAGUCCCACCCAUGAGAUCCGAGCCGACGCUGCCCCGUCUGCACGAUCCGCCAAGAGCAUCAUUAUCACCUUGGCCAACAGACACACCUUCGACCGGCCCGUGGAGAUCCUCAUCCACCCCAGCGAGCCCCACAUGCCACACGUCCUGAUGGAGAAAGGGGACAUGACCCUGGGAGAGUUUGAACAGCACUUGAAGGGAAGAAUGGAUUUCAUUAAAGGGAUGAAGAAGGAUAGCAGUGCAGAGAGACAGACAGAAAUCAUCAGGAAACGCCUCCACAAGGACAUUCCCCACCAUUCUGUCAUCAUGCUCAACUUUUGCCCUGACCUCCAGUCAGUCCAGCCGAACCUGAGAAAGACCCAUGGGGAGUUUAUCUUCCUCAUUGAUCGGAGUGGCAGCAUGAGUGGGACCAACAUCCACCGCGUCAAGGAUGCCAUGCUGGUGGCUCUUAAGAGCCUCAUGCCAGCCUGCCUCUUCAAUGUCAUUGGGUUUGGAUCCACUUUUAAGACCCUCUUCCCUUCCAGUCAGACCUACAGUGAGGAGAGUGUGGCCAUGGCCUGUGAUAACAUCCAGAGAAUGCGUGCUGACAUGGGUGGCACCAACAUCCUUUCCCCACUCAAGUGGAUCAUCCGGCAGCCAGUGCACCGAGGCCACCCACGGCUUCUCUUCCUGAUCACAGAUGGUGCCGUCAACAACACUGGCAAGGUGCUAGAACUGGUGCGAAAUCAUGCCUUCUCCACCAGGUGCUAUAGCUUUGGAAUUGGACCCAACGUCUGCCACAGACUGGUGAGAGGGCUGGCAACUGUGUCCAAGGGCAGUGCUGAGUUUCUGGUGGAGGGGGAACGGCUACAACCGAAGAUGAUCAAAUCCCUGAAGAAGGCCAUGGCCCCAGUCCUGAGUGAUGUAACUGUGGAGUGGGUCUUCCCUGAGACCACCGAGGUCCUGAUCUCGCCUGUCAGCACCAGCUCCCUCUUCCCCGGAGAGCGGCUGGUGGGAUAUGGCAUUGUGUGUGAUGCCUCUUUAUACAUCUCCCAUCCCAGAUCUGACAAGAGGAGACGAUACAGCAUGCUGCACUCUCAGGGGUCCAGCAGCUCCGUUUUCUACCACUCCCAGGAUGAGGGGCCCAGCCCAGACGGCAGAAACUGUGCCAAGAGCGUGGGGGAACACUUCAACCUGAGGCAGCCCAAAGAUGCCCAGCCAUCCACCAGAGACUCCACCACUAAUCCUGGUCUAGACUUCUCCCAGCGACGACGGGCAUAUAGCACCAACCAGAUCACCAACCACAAGCCCUCCCCAAGGGCCCCCACAGCCAGUGAUCCCACAGUGCCCGCCAGGAGAUACCCACUUCGGAAAGCCAAGCUGCAGGACCUCACCAACCAGACCAGCACAGAUGCCCCGUGGUGGCAGAUUGAUUUGCAGCACAAGAAUAAACCCACAACACAGAAGAGAAGGUCCAGAAAUAAAACCAAUGUACAUGAGAGCCUUGAUAGGAUAAAGCCCUUGUUGAACAGUGGUCCGGACCUGAGCCAGGGCCCCAAACUCCGGGGCCCAGGGGCCCGCAGACCCUCUCUGCUGCCCCAAGGCUGCCAGCCCAGCCUGGCCUCCAACCAAGAGACCCACACCUGGAGCCCCAUGAAAGAGCUGGAUCUUGGGUCUAACCUGAAGCCUGCCUCAGACAGCCGUAGCCCCGGGGACCUGGAGCCGUCCCAUCACCCUUCCACUUACGAGACGGAGACGUCCUCGGACUGGGAGCCCCCCGCCGGGGCUGAGACCGAGGAGCCCAUCAACCCCGGCAGGCCGCCCACCCCAGGCCCGGUGCUGGGCAAGGCCGUGGUCAAGGGCUUGCGCGACAGCCAACGUUUGCAGUGGGAAGUGACCUUUGAGUUGGGGCCCCCCGGCCCGGAGCGGGGACGGGCACACGACGCCGACCUGUGGAGCGAGACCUUCCACCACCUGGCGGCCCGCGCUAUCAUCCGGGACUUUGAGCAGCUGGCGGAGCGCGAGGGCGAGAUCGAGCAAGGGUCCAGCCGCCGCUACCAGGUAAACGCUGUGCACACCAGCAAAGCCUGCAACGUCAUCAGCAAGUAUACAGCCUUUGUGCCUGUGGACAUGAGCAAAAGCCGCUACCUGCCCACCAUGGUGGGGUACCCCAACUCUGGUGCUGCGUGGCGGAUGGUCAACUCUCAGGUCCUGACCCGCCAGUGGAGGGGCCCCGCUGCUGGCUUCGGACCGUCUCAGACCCUGCUUGGGGAAGACUCGGCAGCAGGAGAUGGCAGAUUCCAGAACCUCUAUGUGGAGGAAAGCCCCACGGCACCCUUUGGCGAGACCACGUCCCCGGGCCGCGACAAGUACGCUGCUCCUGAAGGUCCCCUGCGCAGUCUGGCCACCAAUACCCUUUCUUCCUUGAAGGCCUCGGAGACUCUCUUUGGAUCCAGGCUCAAUCUGAACAAGUCUCGGCUGCUGAGUCGAGCAGCCAAGGGCUUCCUGAGCAAGCCACUGACUAAGGCUCCGGAGUCAACCCCGGGGAGCCAGAGCUUCGACUACGUCCCGCUGGUGUCUCUGCAGCUGGCCUCCGGAGCCUUCCUGCUCAACCAAGCCUUCUGCGAGGCCAUCCACAUCCCCAUGGAGAAGCUCAAGUGGACCUCGCCCUUCACCUGCCACCGAGUGCCCCUCACUGCCCGCCAGCCUGAGUCUAAGACCCCAAGUCCCCAGCUGUGCACCAGCCUCUCGGCCCGGCACCCCUCCUGUGACGGCUUCUCCCCGGAGCCUCUGGCAGAGGGCAAGCCGGGCUGGGAACCCAGGGCUGUCAUAGAACACACAGGGAAGCUGUGGGCCACGGUGGUGGCGCUGGCGUGGCUGGAGCACAGCUCGGCCUCCUACUUUGUUGAGUGGGAGCUGGUGGCCGCCAAAGCCAACUCGUGGCUGGAGCAGCAGGAGGUGCCCGAGGGCCGCACGCGGGGUACGCUCAAGGCGGCUGCCCGGCAGCUGUUCGUGCUCCUGCGGCACUGGGACGAGAACCUGGAGUUCAAUAUGCUCUGCUAUAACCCGAAUUAUGUGUAGUGGCAGGGAGGGAGGAGAGGGAGGGGACAUUGCAGCCUGGCGGGGGGAGCUUUGGAAGCAGUAGCCAAUAUACUGGUUGCUAGAAAGAGCCCUGGACUGGCAGUCAGGAGGCCUGAGUUCAAUCCCAACUUUGCUACCACCUAGCUGUGCAAUUUUAGGCCAGCCCUUACCCCCCCGUCUGGCCCUCAGUCUCCCCACCUGUAAAAUUAGUGCGUGAGGUGAAGGAGUUGGACUAGAUCUCUAGAAGCUCCAAAGGUUCCUCUCAGCAGGACGUCCAGGCGGCCGAGGGGCGGGGAGAGAGAACAUACAGUUUGGACCCAAGUUCUCUCUGGAGGAGGGUCCCGUGGGUAAAGCCCCCCUCAAAUAAAAGGGUGGAUGAGCAAACCCCAAGACUGCUAGUAACCAGACCUGCGAGCUUGCGUCUGGGCGCAGGAGACCACCUCCACCUGCUGCCUCGUCUCCACCCUGAUGGUCCGGCCCCCCGAAACCCCACUUACAAACCAACUGGAGAGCCACCCUUCCCAACAUGUUACAGAGUCACUCGGGGGCCUUUGGAAGCCCUUAGUAUAUUUUAGUUCGCAGACUCUGUUUAAGAAGAGGAGGCGGGGAGGACCGGGGGGGUCGGGGAGACACCCUGCAAGCUGAGAUGUUAAAACUAAGCUUCAGUCUGGGCAAAAAUAGUCCAAAAAGAAGAGACAUGGUCGCAAAGCCGCUGGAGAAACCAGGCAACACCUGAAAUAAUUUGCCCACUUUCAGGAAUUGUGCAAGGCGAACGCUGCUUACUCUGAGGGGCUCAAGCGGCCCCUGCCUCGGCUGCAUUCUGGGGUCCUGGGGGGCCUCUUUGCAACAGAACCAGCACCCGGCUGCAGCACAUCUGGGGGCAGCCGCUUCAGCUGGGAGGGCAAUUUAUUCAGAGAUGAAGGACCCUUGAAUUGUACAGCAGAGAGCCCCUGGGGGCUUCCCUCUCUCAGGCCCUCCUGUAACACCCCCUGGUGACAGGCACAGCCUCAGCUUCCCUGGGGGCUGGCACCCAGCCGUCUCUGCCCUGAAGACUCCUCUGGAAAUCCAGCGGCUUGGGACCUCAGUCUGAACCCGCACACCCCCGCUCUCCAAGGCCUUAACGUCUCUUCACCAAGUGGUCCCUUGGGCCCCAGGGCCCUGGCACAAAGCCCCCACAGAUGUCGCCCCCCUGCAGGGAGAUCUGGAGGUCCCCGCGGUGCAAACUGACCUGUGGAAGGGCUGUGGGCUCUGGCACGCGUCCCAGCCUCACGAAGACUCAAGAAAUGCCCGGUCUUCAGCCAGCAGGGACUGAGGGGGAGAGCGGCUCCAGCAGGACGCCCUCCACGUAGAGAAGAGGCAGGCCCGACAGCAUGUGAUGCCCUGCCCCCCGCACAGCCUGCACCCUGGAUGCGGAGCCCUGCCCUGCCCUCCUGCUACCCCGCAAAAUCUCCCAGGAGGGGCUCUCUCCACACGGGUCCUGCUCUGAGGCUCCGGGAACCCGGUGAUCCAUCCCCAAGGGACGGGAAGGGGCCGGAGACUUCAUAUAAAGUCCUGUCUGCUGCUUGGCUGACUGUUCUGCUUUAGAAUCACCCUCUGGGGAGGAACCCAGUGGGGCAGUCACCAGCACCCUGGCCACCACGACCCCAGGCAGGGCAGGAUGACAGUCUGGGCUGUUGGCAUAAAAUCAGCAUCACUGGGAGGGAUAAGGGUUGUAGGCUGUCUUGCUCAAGGCCUCAAGCAGGUGUGAGGACAGCCUUGGCAUCUCCCGACACACCUUCCCGUGCAAAAGUAACACUUCUGCAGCUGUGUAGCCAGUAGCCCAAGCGUCAGGGUAGGGAGAGGGGCGGGUGUGACAUCCCCUCCUUGGCCCACCAUUAAUGGAAGUAGCUGUUGGGCCGAGAGUGGGAACACCGGGCACUGGUUUGGGCAAGCGGCUUCCCCUUGCUGGGUGCUGGGUGCACUGGAGCUGGGAGGCUUCUAGGCUCAAAUAUUCCCAGAUUCUCUGCCUCUGAGAUGUUAACCUCUUAGUGACCAUGGACUCGCACUCACUAUGUGACCUUGAACCAACUGCUUGUGCUUUCUGGGCCUCUGUCCUCUUACAUGAUGUGGUCGGACUGGGCCAUCCAGCCUCUCAAGUCACCCGAUUCUAGGCCUCCACCCUCACUGUGGGCAACGAGCAGGGUCAAGGUGACCCAGCGUGGAACUGGAAGGAGUAACGGAGAACCCAGUGAGGUGGUGGGUGUACAAACCCCCUUCUCCAGGGAAUCCCCCCGGAUCCUGCUCCAGCCGCAGCUGCUGGAAAUCAGGGCAGUUCUGACUGCCCAAGCAAAUCGCUGACCUCUGCACCCCCAGCUCCCCUGCCUAGCACCCAAGGGGGGCAGAGGAACAAAAAUCUUCAUUGAUAUCAAAUAGCCCAAGAGCCCUGGGGGACAUCUGGAUAAGACGCAUUUUUGAAAGACCUUCGGAGGUAUCGAGACGACGCGUAGUCUCCGGAAAUGGCCUCCAGGAUUGCCAAGCCCAGAGCAGAAGGGACUAGCUCUAAGGAGAAGAUAAGAACCUUAGGUAAUUAUCACACGCAUUUGAAGCUGAAGUGGUUCCAGAAAGUCUCAAGAAGGGAAGCAUUGCUCCUGCAAUUGGGAUUCACUUGGAAUUAUCUGGGGGGUUUUUUGUUUGUUUGUUUGUUUGUUUGUUUGUUUGUUUUGUUUUGCUAAACUAGCCUUUGCUCUCUAGGUCAUGCAAAAAAACAUUUAUGCCCUGCCUGGCUGAAGAAUCAGGAGAGUACAGGUGCCUAAUGGCACUGUCAGCAAAGGCUGGCCCCCAGUGGGAGGAGCACUGGGCAGAGCCGGGGACUUUCAGUGCAGGUCGGGACUCCACCAGUGUGCUGUGUGACCUCUGGCAAGUUGCUUGCUUUCUCUGGGCCCUGUUUCAUCUUCUGUAGCAUGAGGUUACACCCAAUCGGCGUUUCCAACAAGAUUCCUCGGUUGCUGUGUGAAUUAGCAAUUCAUGAGAAACUGUCCGGCAGGCAAAUAUGUUGGGAAACACAAGGAAAACAGAUUUCUUUAGGUCAAGACGGACUCAGAGGCAUGAAUAUGUAAAUA